AUGGUAGGAUUUCAACGCGGUGCGCAACAUGACGACGGAGACCGCAAAAAGAAACCGUUCUUCAAAGACCGAAAACGGACCCAAGACGGAAAACCACAACGAUACGGAUACAUCGACGAACCAGUCAUGGAGACGACUAGCAACAAGAAGAUAAAGUUUUCUGAUAGUGACGAGGAAGAAGAUGGCCAGACUGGUGAAAUCAAGAGCGAGCUUCCUAGUGGCCGUCCGCAGCAGACGUUUAAGAAGAAUUUCGAUAAGGAUGCACACAGGAAACCCUGGCGCUUGAUCAUUCGCAACCUGCCCUUCGACACAAAAACCGAAGACCUACAAAAUGAGUGUUCCAAGCACGGCCCGUUCACGCAGAUCGUAUUGCCGAAAUGCAAAAACCCCAAGUUCCCGGAUUCCUGUGCGGGCUUUGCCUUUAUUCAGUUCAAGGAACGCGACUCGGCACAAAAGUUUCGCGAGUUUUUCAACAGCAACACCUUCAAGAAUCGCUCUGUUGCGGUGGAUUUUGCUUUGGACAAAGAUACUUACGAAACUACAGCGCAUAAAGAGAAAACGGCCUUGCAAAACAAAGUCAAGGAGGAACAAGACGAGAAGCCCGAUGUGAAGCCUGUAAAAACUGAUGAUGACGAUGAGGCAGAAGACGAGAUUGACGAAGAUGCAGAGGAUACUGACGAUGAUGACCAAGCCUCGUACGAAGAAUUGAGUGACUCGGACGAUGAAGACGGCAUGUCACCCAAGAAAGGGAAGAAGCCAUUCGUCAGGGCCGCGGACAAGGCCGUUGAAGAGGGUCGCGUUGUAUUCGUUCGAAACCUUCCCUUUGCUACUGAUGACGAGGCCGUGAAGAAGCAGAUGGCAGAGUUUGGCGAAGUAAAGCUAGCCUUGAUCUGCAAAUUUGCGGACUCGGGCCAUUCCAAAGGCACGGCUUUUAUCCAUUUUUCGACGAAGGAAGAGGCCGACGCGUGUCUCGCUGCCGUUAUGCGCGGUUCUAUCGAAGUUGACGGGCGUACCCUCACGGGCUACAAGGCCGUACCACGAGAGGAGGCUGCCAGAUUGGAAAAGGAACACCUUACGAAGGCCCCGAAAGAUAAGCGAAAUCUACAUCUUCUACGUGCCGGCUGGAUUCGUGAGGGCACCUCGGCCGCUGCUGGUAUGAGCGAAGAAGAUGCCAAGAAGCGGGCUCAACUCGCUCGCGAUGCCAAAAAGAAGCUCGAGAACCUGCACUACUUUGUUUCGGCCACUCGACUUGCUGUCCACAAUCUUCCUUUCAAACUGGCGGACAAGGAACUUCGGAAGAUAUGCCUCGAAUCCGCUGGGCGUCCGGAAGCCAUCAUCAGGGAAUGCCGCAUUUGGAAGGACAUGGACAAGCAGGAUGCAAAGGGCAAUUUCAAAUCGCGUGGCUUUGGCUUCGUCGAUUUUGCGGAACACGUUGAUGCCCUUGCGUGCAUCAAGGCAUUGAACAACAACGCCAACACAUUUACCGACCAGCGUAGACCCAUUGUCGAGUUUUGUGUUGAGAAUCUUCAGGCCUUGAAAAUUAAAGAAAAGAGGAAGCUCAACAAGCAGGGAAUCAAGGUUACAGGCAAGGAGCUGCAGGAGCAGGUGAAGAAGCAGGUUGAAGUGACGAAGAAGAUCUUCAGCAAAGGUGGCCAGAAGCCGAUCCCGAAAUUCCUGGGCCCCAAAAUUCGUCACCGUGAUCAAGGUGCAAAGAAGUCCAAGAAAUCGAAGCCUUCCGCCAAAAGCGCCAAGAAACCCGAGGCCGAGAAAUCUUCAGAUAAGCAGCCAAAAAGCGGCGGCGCCAGGAAGAAAAAUAAUAAGAAGGAAGUUGCCAAGUAUUUGGCGCUUUCU